AGUUCGAGCUCCGUCACCCGGGCGGGCUUCCCAGACCGGCGCUUCCCUGCCUCACUGCGCUGCGGCUUCGGCCCUGAGACUGAUCCAGAAGAAAUGGCUACAGCAAUUAGAGAGGUGGGAGUUUGGAGGCAGACCAGAACACUCCUACUGAAGAAUUAUCUAAUUAAAUGCAGGACUAAAAAAAGUAGUGUUCAGGAAAUUCUUUUUCCACUAUUUUUUUUGUUUUGGUUAAUAUUAAUUAGCAUGAUGCAUCCGAAUAAGAAAUACGAAGAAGUGCCUGAUAUGGAACUUAACCCUAUGGACAAAUCCCUCAUUGCACACCUAAUUCUUGGUUACACUCCAGUGACUAAUGUUACAAGAAACAUCAUGCAGAUGGUUUCUACAGAGCACCUGUCAGAUGUUAUAGUUACUGAAGAAUAUACAACUGAAAAUGAGUUGAUAGCGUCCAGUCUUUCUAAGUCCAGCAACUUUGUCGGUGUGGUUUUCAAAGACUUCAUGUCCUAUGAACUCCGUUUUUUCCCUGAUAUAAUUCCAGUAUCUUCUAUUUAUAUGGAUUCAAGAGCUGGCUGUUCAAAAUCAUGUGAGGCUGCUCAGUACUGGUCCUCUGGGUUCACAGUUUUACAAGCAUCCAUAGAUGCUGCCAUUAUACAGUUGAAGACCAAUGUUUCUCUUUGGAAGGAGCUGGAGUCAACUAAAGCUGUUAUUAUGGGAGAAACUGCUGUUGUAGAAAUAGAUACCUUUCCCCGAGGAGUAAUUUUAAUAUACCUAGUUAUAGCAUUUUCACCUUUUGGAUACUUUCUGGCAAUUCAUAUUGUAGCAGAAAAAGAGAAAAAGUUAAAAGAGUUUUUAAAGAUAAUGGGACUCCAUGACACUGCCUUUUGGCUUUCCUGGGUUCUUCUAUAUACAAGUUUGAUUUUUCUUAUGUCUCUCAUUAUGGCAGUCAUUGCAACAGCUUCUUCAUUGUUUCCUCAGAGUAGCUGUGUUGUCAUCUUUCUACUUUUCUUCUUGUAUGGGUUAUCAUCUGUAUUUUUUGCUUUAAUGCUGACACCCCUUUUUAAAAAAUCAAAACAUGUGGGAAUAGUUGAAUUUUUAGUCACUGUGGCUUUUGGAUUUGUUGGUCUUUUGAUAGUCCUCAUGGAAAAUUUUCCUAAGUCACUAGUGUGGCUGUUCAGUCCCUUCUGUCAGUGUACUUUUUUAAUUGGUAUUGCACAGGUCAUGCACUUAGAAGAUUUUAAUGAAGGUGCUGUAUUUUCUAAUUUGACCGAAGGCCCAUAUCCUCUGAUUAUUGCUAUUAUCAUGCUAGCACUUAGUAGUGCAUUCUAUGUCCUCUUGGCUGUAUAUCUUGAUCAAGUCAUUCCAGGGGAAUUUGGCUUACGGAGGUCAUCUUUGUACUUUCUGAAGCCUUCUUAUUGGUCAAAGAGCAAAAGAAACUAUAAGGAGUUAUCAGAGGGCAAUGUUAAUGGAAGUAUUAGUUUCAGUGAAAUUGUUGAGCCUGUUUCUUCAGAAUUUAUAGGAAAAGAAGCCAUUAGAAUCAGUGGUAUCCAGAAGACUUACAGAAAGAAAGGCGAAAAUGUGGAGGCUUUGAGAAAUUUGUCAUUUGACAUAUAUGAAGGUCAGAUCACUGCAUUACUUGGCCACAGCGGAACAGGAAAGACUACCCUGAUGAAUAUUCUUUGUGGAUUAUGUCCACCUUCUGAUGGGUUUGCAUCAAUAUAUGGACACAGAGUCUCAGAAAUAGAUGAAAUGUUUGAAGCAAGGAAAAUGAUCGGCAUUUGUCCACAGUUAGAUAUACACUUUGAUGUUUUGACAGUAGAAGAAAACUUAUCCAUUUUGGCUUCAAUCAAAGGAAUACCAGCCAAUAAUGUAAUACAAGAAGUGCAGAAGGUUUUACUGGAUUUAGACAUGCAGGCUAUCAAAGAUAACCAAGCCAAAAAGCUAAGUGGUGGUCAAAAAAGAAAACUGUCAUUAGGAAUUGCUGUUCUUGGGAAUCCAAAGAUACUAUUGCUAGAUGAGCCAACAGCUGGAAUGGACCCCUGUUCUCGUCAUAUUGUUUGGAAUCUUCUAAAAUACAGAAAAUCAAGCCGGGUGACAGUGUUUAGUACUCAUUUCAUGGAUGAAGCUGACAUUCUUGCUGAUAGAAAAGCUGUCAUAUCACAAGGAAUGUUGAAAUGUGUUGGCUCUUCAAUGUUUCUCAAAAGUAAAUGGGGAAUUGGCUACCGCCUGAGUAUGCAUGUGGACAAAUACUGUGCCACAGAAUCUCUUUCUUCCUUGGUGGAACAACAUAUACCUGGAGCUGCUUUACUGCAACAGAAUGACCAACAGCUUGUGUACAGCUUGCCUUUCAAGGACAUGGACAAAUUUUCAGGUCUCUUUUCUGCUCUAGAUACUCAUUCAAAUUUAGGUGUUAUUUCUUAUGGUGUCUCAAUGACAACGUUGGAAGAUGUAUUCUUAAAGCUUGAAGUUGAAGCAGAAAUUGACCAAGCAGAUUAUAGUGUAUUUACUCAGCAGCCACCAGAGGAAGAAAUAGAUUCAAAGUCUUUUGAUGAAAUGGAGCAGAGCUUACUUAUUCUUUCUGAAACCAAAGCUUCACUAGUGAGCACCAUGAGCCUUUGGAAACAGCAGGUGUAUACAAUAGCAAAGUUUCACAUCCUUAACUUGAAACGUGAAAGUAAAUCAGUGAGAAGUGUGCUGCUUCUGCUUUUGAUAUUUUUUGCAGUUCAGAUUUUUAUGUUUUUGGUACAUCACUCCUUUAAAAGUGCUGUGGUUCCUGUCAAACUUGUUCCAGACUUAUAUUUCCUAAAGCCUGGAGAAAAGCCUGACAAAUACAAAACAGAUCUUCUACUUCAAAAUUCUACUGACUCAGAUAUCAGUGACCUUAUUGACUUUUUAACAAACCAGAACAUAAUGGUGACGAUGUUUAAUGACAGUGACUAUGUCUCUGCUGCUCCUCAUAGUGCAGCUUUAAAUGUGAUGAAUUCAGAAAAGGACUAUGUUUUCUCAGCUAUUUUCAACAGUACUAUGGUUUAUUCUUUACCUGUAUUGAUGAAUAUCAUUAGUAACUACUAUCUUUAUCGUGAAAAUGUGACUGAGAGCAUCCAGGUCUGGAAUACCCCAUUCUUUCAAGAAAUUAAGGACAUAGUUUUUAAAAUCGAGCUGUAUUUUCAAGCAGCUUUACUUGGAAUCAUUGUUACUGCAAUGCCACCUUAUUUUGCCAUGGAAAAUGCAGAGAAUCAUAAGAUUAAAGCUUAUACUCAACUUAAACUUUCAGGUCUCUUGCCAUCUGCAUAUUGGCUUGGACAAGCUAUUAUUGAUAUACCCUUAUUUUUUAUUGUUCUUACUGUGAUGCUAUCAAGUUUAUUUGCAUUUCAUUAUGGAUUAUAUUUUUAUGCUGUAAAGUUCCUUUCUGUGGUUUUUUGCCUUAUUGGCUAUGUUCCAUCAGUUAUUUUGUUUACUUAUAUUACAUCCUUCACUUUUAGAAAAAUUGUAAAUACCAAAGAAUUCUGGUCAUUUAUCUACUCUGUGACAGCGUUGGCUUGUAUUGCAAUCACUGAAAUAACUUUCUUUAUGGGAUACACAGUUACAGUUAUUCUUCAUUACACCUUUUGCAUAGUCAUUCCAAUCUAUCCACUUCUGGGUUGCCUGAUUUGUUUUAUAAAGAUUUCUUGGAAGAGCAUUCAAAAUAAUGGAGUCAUCUAUAAUCCAUGGGACAGACUGCUGGUGGCAGUUAUAGCGCCGUAUCUGCAGUGUGUACUGUGGAUUUUCCUCUUACAGUACUAUGAAAAAAAACAUGGAGGCAGGUCAAUAAGAAAGGAUCCCUUUUUCAGGAUCUUUUCAACAAAAUCCAAACAUAGGAAGUUUCCAGAACCACCAAUCAAUGAGAAUGAGGAUGAAGAUGUCAAAGCUGAAAGACUGAAGGUCAAAGAGCUGAUGAGCUGCCAGUAUUGUGAGGAGAAACCAGCCAUUAUGGUCAGCAAUUUGCAUAAGGAGUAUGAUGACAAGAAAGAUUUUCUUCUUACAAGAAAAGUAAAGAAAGUGGCAACUAAAUACGUCUCUUUCUGUGUGAAAAAAGGAGAGAUCUUAGGACUCUUGGGUCCAAAUGGUGCAGGCAAAAGCACCAUUAUUAACCUUCUGGUUGGUGAUAUUGAACCAACUUCAGGCCAGGUAUUUCUAGGAGAUUAUUCAUCAGACUCAAGGGAUGGUGAUGAUUCCAAUAAGUGUAUGGGAUACUGUCCUCAGAUAAAUCCUCUGUGGCCAGACAUUACAUUACAGGAGCAUUUUGAAAUUUACGGAGCUGUGAAAGGAAUGAGUGCGAGUGACAUGAAAGAAGUCAUAAAUCGAAUAACAAAUGCACUUGAUUUAAAAGAACAUCUUCAGAAAACUAUAAAGAAACUACCUGCAGGAAUCAAGCGAAAGUUGUGUUUUGCUCUGAGUAUGCUGGGGAAUCCUCAGAUUACGCUGCUAGAUGAGCCGUCUACAGGUAUGGACCCUAAAGCAAAACAGCAUAUGUGGCGAGCAAUUCGAACUGCAUUUAAAAACAAAAAGCGGGCUGCUGUGCUCACCACUCACUACAUGGAGGAGGCAGAGGCUGUCUGUGACCGUGUGGCUGUCAUGGUGUCAGGGCAGUUAAGAUGCAUUGGGACAGUCCAGCAUCUGAAGAGCAAAUUUGGAAAAGGCUACUUUUUGGAAAUUAAAUUAAAGGACUGGAUAGAAAAUCUAGAAAUAGACCGCCUUCACAGAGAAAUUCAGUAUAUUUUCCCAAAUGCAAGCCGUCAAGAAAGUUUUUCUUCUAUUUUGGCUUAUAAAAUUCCUAAGGAAGAUGUACAGUCCCUUUCACAAUCUUUUUCUAAGCUGGAAGAAGCUAAACAUACUUUUGCCAUUGAAGAAUAUAGCUUUUCUCAAGCAACAUUGGAACAGGUUUUUGUAGAACUCACGAAAGAACAAGAGGAAGAAGAUAACAGCUGUGGAACUUUAAACAGCACACUUUGGUGGGGAAGAACACAGGGAGACAGAGUGGUAUUUUGAACUUGUAUUGUUCAGUUUGCUUAUCAUAUUGAUUUCUUUUUCACUUUAUUUUAACUUUGGUUUAAAAGGUUUAUUGUUUGAGUGGUGACUGAAGAACCAUGAAAGCUCUUGGGAUUUUCCUGAGUUCUCUUAAAUGAAAUGCUGUGGUUUUGUGUUUUACUUUUCUUUAAAUAAAACUUAUGUAUAAUUAAUUGAACAUAUUGUUGUAUCUGCAGUAUAUUGAACUAAUCUGUAUGUGAAGUUGAAUACUUACUCUUUCACCUUUCUGAAACAAUGCUCCUGAAUUUAUGACUUAAAGAAGUAAUUAUAGAAUUCUUUUGAGCAGUUAUCUGUAUUUGUAGGUUUACACCAUCUUGUUACCUAAUGUCCCAAUCUAAAUAAAAAUAACUAAUCGGUAAAGGAGAGGUAGAAAAGAAACACAAAGUAAAAGCUUCUUGUUUCUCACUCUUACUUUCUAAAAGAAACUUUGUUUGUGAGUUGACAUUCUGAAGAGCUGAAGCUUGGACUCUCAGCUCAGAUAGUUGCAGGAGGUGGGGACUCUCAGCUCAGACAGUUGCAGGAAGUGGCAUCCCAGGAGGUGCUCAUCAGUUACAGUGUCAGAGGAGCAUGUUCUGUCAGAUGGGUGACCUGGGUAUUUAGUUAUACUUCUUUUGCCUCUAACAGAUUUAGCAGUGUUUUAAUUAUUAAAGAAAGACUGUGGCUGGAAUCUAUGAAGUCUGAUUCUUUGUAGCUAGGACAGGAUCCUUCUUUCUUACCUUUGUGGAAGAUAAAAAUUUUUGCUGUCUUCCUUCCAAAGAGCACGUUUUGUUUUACUCUAGAAUAAAAUAAUUUUCUUGGUUAUCA